UAAAUUAGUUUGUUGAGAGAAAAUUUUUUAUGUUACUGCUGCAGUUUUCGAGUUUUUUGAGUUCGAUAAUAGUAUUAACCUGUACAUCUGUUACGUGUAAACGAAUUUUGUGUUUUUGUGCGAUUAAAUAUCCGACUACUUCAUCAAUGGCGGUUGCUGGCUUGGGUAUCCUAAUCACAUCCAACAUGUAGUGUUCUUCCGAUUUAUAAAUCAGAAAUAUCAUUGAUACAUUUGUGUUGUGAAAUUGUUAUUAGUUAUUUUAUUAUUCAAAUAUCUGUAUUAAUGCAUAUAUGUUUUUUUCUUCUUAUUUAUAUAUAUCGAUAAAAAAGAAGCAUGUGCGGGUGAUUGCAAAGUUUGUGUAUUUGGAAUUUAAUGCUGCCGAAUUUGAAGUGUUUGUUAAAGUUUUGUGAUCUGUGAUUAAUUUAUUUCAAUUUAUGUGAAAAAGUGCUUUUGUGCAGUGUAUUUCCUUAAAAUGAAAAGACAGCAAGAUAGAGAUUCCCCUGGUAAAAAGCGUUCACAUUCAUCUGUUUCGCGUUACGAUGACAGCCCCAGGGACCGAUCUUCGCCAGAUCGCAGAGAAAGAAGAGGUUCUAAUAAAUCCCCCAAUGAUCAGAGAAGGGGACGGACUAGGGAUUCAUCAAAUGAGAGAGGUAUGACAAUUAGUCGCUCUGGCAGUGCUAUGGGUAGAGAUUCUUAUGAUGAUUACUCGCGGAAUAUGAAAUCCGAGCGAGGGCCACCGCCAGUGUCAAAAACGUUGUGUGUUUCAAAUUUAAACCAUAAAGUUGGCGAUGCUGCGAUUCGUGAUGCAUUGCUUCGUGAAUUUAAUAGAUUUGGUGAAGUGAGUGUUAAAAUUUUUCACAGUGGUAAUGAACGUGUUGCAUAUGUGUAUUUUAGAACCUAUGAAGAUGCUCGUGAUGCUCGCCAUUCUAAAGCGAGACUUGUGCUUUUUGAUAAACCUGUGCAAAUUGAACCUGUUUUUGACCGAGGUGUGUCAGGCAGGAGAAACAGGAGUAUUAGUCCUGAGUAUAGUGGUAUGCGUGGUGUGUCACCUGCUCAUUCUUCUGCCAGCAACAAUAGUAUGGGACGUCAUGUGCUCGGCAGCAGACAAAAUGCAAUUGAACGUAAUCAACCAUAUCCUCACCCUCGUGAUGAAAUGAGAAGGGAUAUGCAUAAUGAUUUUCAUCAUCAUCCUAUUCAUCGUCGAGAGGAUUCUAAAAAAGAAAAAUUUCCAAAUUAUUUGCAUCAUGUGCCACCUGAAGAAGAUGACAAAGCUACACGAACUUUGUUUGUGGGUAAUUUAGAAGUGACUAUAUCGGAGGCAGAACUCCGAAGGAUAUUUGAAAGAUAUGGUGUUGUGGAAGAUAUUGAUGUAAAGCGACCUGCUCCUGGUUUGGGCAAUGCAUAUGCUUUUAUCAAGUUUUUAAAUUUGGAUAUGGCUCACCGAGGAAAAGUGGAAAUGUCCGGUCAAUAUAUUGGAAAAUUUCAGUGUAAAAUAGGUUAUGGUAAAGCUACACCUACUACUCGCAUAUGGGUCGGUGGCUUAGGCCCAUGGACCUCAUUAUCUCAUUUAGAAAGGGAAUUUGACAGAUUUGGUGCUAUCAGAAAAAUUGAUUUUGUGAAAGGUGAAAAUCAUGCAUAUAUUCAAUAUGAUAGUAUAGAUGCUGCACAAGCUGCAUGUCAAGAAAUGAGAGGCUUUCCCCUCGGAGGUCAAGACAAAAGAUUGCGUGUAGAUUUUGCAGAUCCAGGUCCUUACAGUUAUUAUCAAUCGCCAUCCAGAGCUGGUUUUCGGGAGGAAGAAGGUUAUAUACCUCCACCACCUACUAAAAGACAAGGUUUUAGGAGUGAUGUGCAACCAGCUACAGAUGAUUAUUAUGGAGGUUUAGACAAUAACUGGUCUAGGAAUAACAUGUAUGAAAAUCAACCUUAUGAUCCUAUUUAUGAUAGAUCACCAAAGUUUCAAGGUAGAGAUUCUUGGGGACUACCUGAACAUGAGGAGCGACAUGACUAUCGGGCGUGGAAUCGUAAUCAUCAGGGUUGGUGGGAUGAUCAUCCAAGAAAUACCAGAAAUGAUAAUCCAGAUAGGAGAAAGCGUGGCAGAUCUCCAGAUAUGGAUGAUGCAGGACGUUUGGGCCAUGACAUUUAUUACAAACGUCCUCGCUCUCGCAGCCCUGAAAGGAGUGAUUUUGAACGCUCCUCUGCUAGCAAAGAUACUGUUUCACCACGCCGCAAUCGCAGUAAUGGUGGCAUUAACCGACGAAUGUCUCGAGAAGGCCAUUUGGCUUCUGAAGGAAGACAGGAAUUUCGCAAAGAUUAUGAUUAUGAUUCAGCCAAAAGUGAAAGGAAUCGUCGACAAGAUUUUGACAAAAAAAGACAGCUUCAUGAAAACCUUUUAAAAGACGGUGUUGCAGUAGCUGAAAGUGUCGACAACUUACAAGAUUUGGCAAAGUGUUGUCCAGUUGCUUGGCAUGGUGGAUUAGUUCUAAAGAAUAGUGCAUUUCCUACACGAAUGCAUGUAUGUAGUGGUGAUCCUUCAUUGGUCGAUUACAUGAUGAAAGACCUUGCUUGUGAAGUUCCGAUGCUUAGGAUUACUCAAAGAUUAAGAUUAGAUCCUCCUAAACUUGAUGACGUGUCACGUCGGAUAUCCUCUGCAGGACCUCAUGGGCACUGUCUACUUUUAACAUUUCCUGGUCCAAUACAACCUGGAGAAGACCAGUCUGCUUCAGUGCAGCAGCGCCCUCUUCGAAAUCUUGUAUCAUACCUUAAACAAAAAGAGGCAGCUGGUGUUAUAUCACUGCCUAGUAAUACAAAAAAAGAAGGGAAAGAUGCAAGUGGUGUUAUGUAUGCUUUCCCACCAUGUUCAUUUGCAUUGGAUUUAUUAAGACGUAUUGCUCCCAAUUUAACAUCAGACUGUUCCAAAGAGGAUCACUUGGUAGUGGUGGUAGUUAAGGGAUCGUCAUAAAUACAAUUUUCACAAAUGUUUUAGCCAUGCAUAAGACAGAAUGGUGUUUGUUUGAAUAAAGUGUUUAUGUGAUCUGCCUAAAUCAAUACUUCUCAAGUGCGUAGUUACAUAUGUGUGAACCAUUCAGUGCCACAGAUGUGAAGGGUUAAUUCAGUUAUUAUUUUUUUCCCAUAAUACUUCUGCUACCCAUAUUCAGCUCACAUUUUUAACAUGUUGCAUUUCAACAAAAUGUGCAUUUUACUCAUUGUGAUAUACAACCAUGCUGUUAUCCUUUAUUUAAUAUAAAUUUUCUUUUAUCUUCUAUUUUACUUCAAAUUGGAAAAUGAUUAUGCAACAAUAUUUUAAAUCAAAACUGGCACAAUCAAUAUUAAAAGUGAACCAAAGUGGCUUGGUGCAUCAUACUGUAAAUUUCAUUUAAAUGUUAUGAAAUUUGUUGAAUACUUAAUUAUUUGUGCUUCAUUUUUUAUGCAAAUAAGAAUGUCGUGAUGAAAAUAUGUGGCGUCGGAAAUUUCUGUGUGAACAAAAAUCUCAAACGUUUAGAUUGUUAAAAUUUUAUCUUUUAAGACAUUGUGAACAUCAUUUCUGUAUGUUUGAAACUAUGUUAUGCAAAAAAAAAAAAAAAAAAGAAAAAGAAAAUAGCAUUCAGAUGAAUAAUAUUCAUUAUUGUCUACUUGCAUAUAUUCUACUGCCAUUUUUAAUUUUUGUCAUAAAAGUGUAUAUACACAUCUUUGUUAAUUUUGUGUUUAAGCAUGUGUAAGUUAAUUGUUGAAAGAAAAUUGAAUGAAUGCAAUGGUAUUAACAAUUGAUAUUAAAGAAAUCAUUUAAUUUGUUUUAAAAAAAUUAACUUUUAUAUUUAAUAUUUAUGCUCAGUAUAAUUAUUCUUGGAAAUAAGAUUGAAAUUUCAGUUUUAUCAUGGGAUUAGUAGUCCUUUGAAUUAAAGUGGCUUACUCUACAGCUUUGGUGUCUAACAUCUAAAAAGCAAAUAAGUUUUACAUUACAAGUUUGGAGAUUGUAGUUUUCUCAAUUUUACUGAUUAACCACAGUGGUUGUUAAUAGGAAAAUCCCAAAAUUUUCAUAAUUAUUCAUUUAUGAGAGUAAAAUGAAUAUUUGUGCAUCCUCUGGGAUAGGUUAAGUUAAUCAUCAUGCUGUUGAAGUAGCCAGUUUUGAGAACUGUUUUUUUUUUUUUUUUUUUUUUUUUUUUUUUUUUUUUUAAGUUGUAAAUAAUAUUGUUGAUAAUGUCAUAUGUAUCAUAAGUUAUGAAUUAGAAUUGCAAAAUUUACAGGUUCACUGUAUCUGCUAACAUAAGUUGGUAAAUUUAAUAGAAUUGUAGUUAAAAAUAUAUAUAAAGUAUUUUCUAAAUAAAUAUUAUUUCAGUUUUCCUUAUAUUUUAACAGAUAGAUUAUUUAUAAUAAUUAUAAUCAUAAUACUAGAAAAAGAGAAAAGAAGGCAAAUAGUGUUGUUGACAAUUUCUCUUUCUGUGUAUUCAUACUGUAGGGGUUGUGUGGCUAAAAAUGCUAAUUUUGAUGCUGUGUGUAGUGUGCAAAGCAUCUUGCAUUUUGAAAAGAAUUACAUUUCAUAUCUUUGGCAUGCAGUUUUUGUGUAUAAAAAUUUAGGGCCAAUAUUUGAUCUUUUGACAUCCUGUGUUUUCCCUAAAUUUUUGAAUUUUUUCUGCCCAUUGUAAAUUUUCAUGACAGCUUUCUCGGUAAUGCUGUUCAAAUUGGAAAAAUAUACUUAAUUAUUACAUUUAUUGUAAGGGGAAGGUCUUGAUUGCAGCAUGACUAUAGAUAUAUGUUUUAUUAAUUUUUGUAUAGUACAUAAAAACUUGCUUUCAAUGUUCUGUUGUGUAUUACAAUUUUAGAAUUAUGAUUCCACCCCUUUCCAUCAGUGCUGUUAAACUUUCCAGUUCUUCCAAAUAGAUUUGGGGAAAAAAUAGGAACCAUUUCAAAAUGGUUUGUAGCAAUAAACUACACUUCUUCAUCAUAUAUACAUUUCCUAUAACAGUACUUCUUAGUUAUGCCCUGGCUACACUUUUUGGCAGCCCUGAAAGAGUCAAACACACAAGUGUAACUAGAAAUAGAUGUGUUGAUAUCUAUAAACUAUUCUUAAAAGCAGAAAUUGUUUGCUGUUAAAAAUGCGACAUUUACCUUCUCUUUCACGAGGGGUAAAAAAGCUUGUAAUGGAAAAGUAUGCUCAAUACUAUAAACCACUUUUAACAUUUCUUUUUAUUUAGGAAUAGUGUCAGUUUUAUCAUUUCUCGGUGUUAUAGUAACUUCAGAUGAAUUUAUGAAAGUAUGUCAUUUCAUUAAUAUGUAUAACUUAUAAAAAAUUAAUCAUUAAUUUAAAACUGAUUAAAGUAAUGUAUCCUUUAAUUAAAUAAAUGUCCUUCUCAAAUCCUUUAGUGAAAGUAUCCAGAUCUAGGUUAAGCUUUUAGUAAUUAAUUGUUUUGAUACAUAUAAUAUUGUAAAACAAGAUACCAGAUGUUAAAAAAACAAAGUGUUCCAUUCUAUUUGAGGAUAGUUUGAAUUGUUUUUCCAGUGUACGAAUGUAAAAUCAUUAUUGGAGUAAAUCCAAGUUACGAGCUUUUAUGUUUUCAAUUGUUUAUAUGAUAAUCUUUUAAGAAAUAAGGCUGGUUCACUUUGGUUUCAUUUGUGUUUUUCGGAACAGCAUUGUUAAUUUUCAAAGCAGAACAUUUUGGUCCCAUUAAGUUUUUUUUUUUUUUUUAAAGCAGGAUAUAUUUGAAAAAUAUUUUUUGAUUGCACCACAUAGAGGUAUUGUUAGCAUAGCAAUCUUUUUUUUCUUUACUUUAUUGUUCGUUUAACGUACAUGCUUACAUACAUAAUGUAAUUAAAUAGUUAUAUACAGUAUAAAAAUGCAUAAUUGCAUAUAAAUAAGGCUAUUAAAAAAUCUUUAACUUUGUCCAGGAGCAAAUUUUCUGCAAUUCUUCACAGGUAUUCCUGUAUUGUGCAGCUAUUACUGUUGUACCAGAAAUUUGUUAUGUUUUUAGAAAUUUUUCCUAACAUUUUGGUUGUACUAAAAUGCUGGUACCGUAAGUCAUAGACCAGCUGUUCUGUUUGUUUAACUGAUUUAAUACAAGUGACCUGGUUUUCGGCCAGUUACAACAUUCAGCAUGCUUUUCAGUCUUGAAAUAAUCAUAUCUGGUUUUCAUUUGAAAACAGGUAAUUGGUUAUUGUUGGGUAUUGGUUGAAAUUGGGUUAUUGGUUAUGAAAUGGGUUGAGCAAUGGAGAGCUAUUUACUUAAGGGCAAAGAAGACUUUCUGAUAGAAUUUGGUUCAUGUUCAUUCUUCACAUGGAGAAAACCUUUAGCAGUCAUCCUUUCGGCUGGCAUACAAACCCACCAGUGUUCAAAAGUCUGAUCUACUUGAAUCCAAUGGAUUUUAAAAUUGGCUGUAUUACUUCCUUUCACUUUUUAAGUUUUUUAAUAACUAUUGUAUGGAUGUUAUAUGUUUUUAAUAUUAUAGUAGUAAAAAGAGUAAAAGUAUUGGCACUCUUCUGUUAUCAGGACCGGAUUCAGGAAUGUCUAUAUGUAUAUGCAUUUCUGAAUCCAGUCCCGAUAACAGAAUACCAAAGGGUACUGUUCUGUUAUCAGGACCGAAUUCAGAAAAAUAUUGAAUGUAUGUGUAUAUAUAUGCACAUAAAUUCAUACGCACGUGCAUACAUCCCUACAUUUUUAAAUCCGAUCCUGAUAACAGAACAGUACGUACCAAACUAUUACUAGAAAUAAAAGUUUGUAUAUGAAAUUUAUAGAAAUAAUGGGUCUGGAAAGAAAAGAUAAGUUUGAUGACAGCUGUUACAUACAUACUUGCUCAACAUGCAUUAUAACCAUGAAAAGUACAAAAUUAUUAGAAUUAGAUUUAUUAGGCUACGACACACAAACACUAAGUGAGCAGCUGGGUUUGAAAAAUAACACUGCCAAAUGAUUUAGUGCAUAGCAUUUGCCGAGUUAUCCAUAAUUCUCUAAAGCGUUUUAAGAAUUUAUAACAAUUUAAUUAUGCACAAAUGCUGGACAUGUCCACAUUUUCUGAAAUUCUGUGCAAUAAAUUGUGUUAUCCCAUGCAUGUGCUAGUAUAUCUUGAUAAGCCAUAGCAUUAUUGAUGUAAUUGUGAUGAUCUUGAAUAUUAAUGAGAAGUAUGAUUGACAAAUCUUCACAGGAAAAUGUCAUAUGGGGUUAAAUCCAAAAGCCAUAUGCGAUGACUAUUGCAUAAAUAAACUUCUUUUCUAGAAUGACCUAUCCACCGUAGUGAUCAGUUUUGAUUUGAGAUAUUCGUUGCAUGUGGUCUCUACUUUUUUUUUGGGGGGGGGGUAACAUUUAGCUAAGAUAAUUUUGAUAAUGGUGUCUGUGGUAAUGGGUUAGAAAAAUAUUUUGAAAAGAGGCAUCAUCACUAGUUUUCACUGAACUGUAUCAGUUGACUUUUCAGUUAUGUCCAGAAAAAGUCCUCUUCCCAGUAAUGCACCAUUGUCUACCAUGGCACCAAAGGUGAACAUAUUGAGCAUUUGUGGAAUAUUUUAGAAGAAAUUAUAAUCAAUGUUCCUCUGCUGCAGUGCAGUUGAACAUACUAUUAGUUGUGUAGUUUAUUUGCUGUGAAUUUUAAAAUUGUGCUAUGGACUUAAGUGUUACACUGUGUAACAAACUGAAGUAUAUUUGAAUUCAAAGUGUAUUUUUAGAUUUGUUGAUAAACAAAUGAAAUUUUAGGUUUCUCUUCUAUUUAGUGCUUUCAUCUAAGUGAAAGGAUUAAUUUAUAGAGCUUUCUUAUUUUAUGUUAGCAGAUGAAAUGAGCUGUAAAUUUUGUUUGGUUAUGAUAUUGUAAUAAAUAUUAUACAUCAUUAUAUGGUGUACAUGAUAUUACUUUCCUUCAUUUUCUUUUUAAUCUAUAAUGAAUUAUACUUAUUGCUUAAACUGCACAUCAUAUGUUAUAAAUUUAAGCAGAAUAAUACUGUAUUUUUGAAUGGUAUACUUAGGAGCAUUGGUUAUUUUUAAAAGUCCUAAGUAAAAUACACAGCAUUUAAAUUAGUAGCAACAACAAUUUGGUUGUUGCUACUGCUGCUAUUCACAUAAAAGGAUUUUUUAUAGUAUUUUAUAUUAAGUGAAUAUUGUUUUGACAGUAUUAUAUAAUGUUUAUAAUUCUUUUAGGUAGUCAGCAAACACAUUUAUGUUUUAGAAAUAAAAAAGUAUAGGUAACAAAAAAACUGCAUAAUGAACUUUGGUUUUGUUUAUAUAAAGCGAUUAAAUCUGUGUCUUUCAGUAUCAUUCAGUUGUAAAUUGGAUUGUAGCUUCUAGUGCUGUUAGGGUUAAGUUUGUCAUAUAUUGAUUAAUUUUCACAUAUUCAUUUAAUAAUAUAUGUAUGUAUACAUAUCUUGAAAAUAUUUUCAAAGGUGUUUUAAUUUGUAUAAAAAAUAAGAGAUGCUGUUUUAAGUGAUAACUAUAGAAUUGUGUGACAUAUUUCAAAUGUUUUCAAACGUCUUAUUGUUUUAAAAAAGGGAGGUGCAGCCUUACCUCUUUAUGGAUAACAUUCUUUAUUUUUCUCAUUAAUAAAUUCUAAUUUAUUAUUAUGCUUAAGUGUUCUUAAUGGUGAAAACAACACUAAUAAUGCUUUAAAAUGGUGUGUUUGUCAUUAUAUUAUGAAAUUAUGUGAUAAAAUUUGUUUUGUUAUUAGGAAUCAUAAAAAGGAAAGUUUGAAGGCAAACUGAAAAUUGAUUAAAUUUUUAAUGUAUGUAAUGAUAGUUGAAAAUUAAUGUAAUCAUAUUAUUUUACAGAUUUAGUUAAAAAUGUCUUUAAACAAUUAACCAAAGAAAAUUUUAAUUUGUUGUCAAAGAACAUCUAUCGAGAAUUGUUCUGAUUUUUUUUCUUUUUAACGUAUCAUUAAUUCAACAUUAGUUUAUAAGUAAUUCUGUUUGCAUGUGACUGCAAUAGUUGCAUCCUUGUAAACAGAUCAGUAUGUGAGAAGUUUUAAAAUGUAUGUGUUUUUUAAAUAAGCAUCAGAAAGCAUUUUAUAAAGAAUCACUUACUGUUUGUAAUAUCUGCUUUUUUAACUGGGCAAAAGAAGAAAAGGUCUUAAAUAAGAAAAAUAUCCAUAAGUAAGAACAAAUUCAGUGCUUAAUAGUAUAUGGAAUUUUUAGCUUGUCAGAUCUUAAACGGAUCAAAAUCAUCAAAUUUAAAUUACAGACUUCAUAUAUCUGCUAUUUAUAUAUGUUUAAAUUUGCAGGUCCAUUGUUGAAAUUGGAAAAACAGUCAUUAAGAUUAUGAAAUUUAGUAUUUGGAAGUUAGUUAAAAUAUUUUUAAAUAAAAUUGUAUAGUAGAAAUACUCUGUUCAAUCUAGGCUAAUCAAAUAUUAAAAUAUUUUAUUAGAAUUUGAAUAAUUUGCCUUAGUAUAUCUGGAAAUUUUUCUGGCUAUGUAUGCCAUUCAGGUUUUAUUAAAUGUAAUUAAAAAUUUUAUUGCUGAGAAAUUUAAUCAAGUUGUCUAAUAUGUAUUAUAUUCUAUGAUCAGAACCUUUUAAAUAAAACAAGUAUAAGUUUUUUUGUUCUUUUAAUAAGAAAUGGGAGAAUGUUCUUUUUUGGAGGGAAGGCACUAAUACAGCAGUAUUUUCCCCUCAUUCAUUGGCAUUAAAACUCGAUUGAAACUAAUGUGGGAAUGAGAGAGACAUAUAGGUAAACAUUAGUAUAGUUUGAUCUAAAAUUUAGUUUAUAAUUUAUAGAAUCUAAAAUUUAGUUCUAUAGAGAUCUAAAAUUUAGUUUAUAAUUUAUAGAUUUUAUCGUAUUAUAGAAGAAAAAUAUGAUUAGAUUAUUAAAUGACUGGAAAGUCUGAAAUUUUAAUACAUACCUAAAUGUAAAGCUUUUUAAAAGUGAAGAUUAUUUCUGUUUUUUGUUUUUCACCAAUUUUUUUUAAAGUCAAUUAAAACAAGAAUAUACAUAACAUCAAAUGCAUCAUUAAAUUCAGUUUUUGAAACUUCUGAUAGUUUUGUAACUAUCAGGGAAUCUUUUAUUAAAUCAUCUUUAAUUGUCUCAAUUCAUCAUUGUCAUAUAAAAUUUCACUGACUAUUUCUUGAACAUUUCUCAGUUCUACUGUCUUCAGAUUUUCAUCCAUGUGUAAAGUUUUUCAAAACUAAUCAGUUUGCCUGAUAAAGUAUUCUAUUCUGCAUCAUUUACUAUAUCUACUGUAGUGAUUUUUCAGUUUCAUUUUCUGAAACAAAUUUUGCUUUCAUGAGGCUAUCCUUAUGGCAAAUUUUGGGGAUAUUCUUUAAUGAAUAACGUUAAUUGCAGAUUCUUGAAGACAAAUACUGCAUUUUUUUGUAUAGAAUUUCAAAAAGUCUUUAAAUGAAAGAAUUUCUCUAUGUUUUUGUACAAGUAACUAUUCCAAGCUUUAAACAUCUAUAUUAUGCAAGAAAAUCUUCUAUUCCAAAAAUCUGUAGGAUGAUAAUUGCUUUCCUUAGUAAGUCACAGCUAUUAGUUACAUUGGAGGUAAAAGCUUAUUGAAACCAUAGUACAAGUACUCUUUCCAUCCAAUCAGUUUCCCAUUUUAUAGCGAGUUUUAAAAUUUUCUGCUGAAGAUAUCUUUAGUGCAUUAAGCAAGCAUCUCCUCACACAUUUUAAUCAUUUCUGAACAAAAAUUCAGAACAGUAACUUAUCCAUCUUCAAAACUGUGAAAAUUUACUCACCAUAUUAUGUUCACAGCAAAAGACUGUUCAAGUGAGAACAAGUAAUUUGUUCAUGUCUGAUUGAUAUUAAUCCUUUCUUUGAUACAAAAAUACUGAAUUACCUUCUUAGUUGAAAUAAUAGAUGCAUAGAGCAUAACCAUAAAUAAAAUAUAAGAAUAUGCAUGGAUAAAAGAUCAAAAGAAUUAAAAAGAGCCAAUAUGAAAAAUCAUAUGCUGCAGUGAAGCAUGUUAGCAAAAGGUAUAAAUGAAAAUUUCUAUGAUAGUAUGUAACAGAGAGAUAUAUUUUAAAUUGCAAUAUGCAAGUGAAAUUCCUGUCACAUUUUUGCUAAAUAAUCAAAGCAAUAUAUAGUGAUUUGUCACUUGUAAAUCUGCAAACAGACUUAUAAUUGGGAGAUUAUUGUAUAUUGCUUUGUCUUUUUAAAUAAUUUUCAACCAAAUAUAUGUUAAUAGAAUAAUGUUAGCAAGACAGAGAAAAUAAUUAUAAAUUUACUUCUGUAAUCAGGUCCAUAUCAAGAGUGACCUUACCAUAAAUAUUCUGUAGUGAGAGUUGCGAGUGAUUUUAAGCCAUUGAAUUGCAUUUGUAUUAGCAUUAUUUGCUCUUAACUUUUCAGAUUAUUACUGUAUAUUCCGACAUAUAACACACAUCUGUAAUUUCAAACUAUGUUUUAAAGUUUUUAGGUAUAAUCAGGAUAUAACGUGUACCCUUUUCUUUAAGAAGAAACCGAGAGAUACAAGUGCGAUGCUCUUACCUUUUAAAGUAAUUCAUUCAGAGAUUUUUCCCAGGCUUUGGAAUAAUGGUAUACUGAAUUGAUAAGCAGAAGGUGGUGGGGGUAUUCAAUGCAGAUGUGCACAAGAAUGUUGUUCUAGGGUUUCUUGAAAAGAUAAACAUAAUUUCAGGUAAGAAUGCACUUCUGACCUGAAUAAAUUUAUGGAAUUAGGAGUCAGAUAUUUUCUCUGAAAGAAUGAGAGCACACGUAAAGGAAAUAAUCCAAUAAUGAAAAUUUUAUAAGUUUGUAAGUUGUGUCAUUUCUUUUAAACAAACAGCAUUUAAGUUACGUGGGAAAAUCUAAUAUCUAUAUGCUCUUCUUUUUCUUAUUUUUAGAUAUAUCGGUUUUAUAUUCGGCAUAUAACGCACACGUGUAAAUUUCAAUUUUGUUUUUUUAUUAAAAAUGCACAUUAUAUGCCAAAAUAUGUGGUAAUUCUUAUUAUUUAUAGGCUACAGCUUUUAUUAGUUUCCCUUUUUAUUAUGUAAUUUCGAUUUAUAUCAAAAAGCCCAUUUAUCAUUUCCUUUAUUGUGUAUUUUAAAUAGCCAGAUAGAUCUUUUCUUACCAUUCAGUGUUCCUUCACGAAAUGUUUUUGUCAAAGUGUUCAGUUUUUUAAUACCAAGUUAACUGCCAAAUCUUUACUCAUGCUUUUCAUAGUAAAAUUAGCUAAAUAGGACUGUUAGAUUUUGUUUAGUAUUUAUAUCUGUUCUUAUGAACUUAAAUAUUUAAAAAAAUAGUUAUUUUUUAAUUUUUCUUUUCAAUACCCUUCUUUAAUUUUUCAUCUGAGGCAAAUGUAAAUGUAUUUAUAUUUCAGUUAAAUAGUAUUGACAUAGAAUUUUAUUUUGUAAUCUGUAGUUUGUUUUUAAAUAUGCAGAUUUGUUCCUUGCAUGAGAAAUUACAUUAAUUCCAAAUGACAAAUGCUAUUCACUUUUGUAAAUUUUAAUUCUGUUAUUCAGAAUGUAAUGUUGUUGUAGAAUAGUUUUUGAAAUUGCUUGCACUAAUUUCAUAAUCUGGGUAAAUGAAAAGGCAUAGCUUAAGCUUGUUUUAUAGGUACUUCGUAAAUAAAUUAAAAUUAUGCCGAAGAAAUAAAUGUUUACUUUUUAUGCUAUUCAGCACCAUUCAUUUAUAAUCAAUUAAGUGACAUAUGUAUUAAUAUAUAUGUAAUUCAUGAUAGUGCAUCUUUUUUGUUUUGAAGAUUUUUUUAAUAUUGCAAUAAAUACAUAUUUUAAAAGAUAACAAAAAUAUGUGUAAUAUAAAGUUGAUAAAAAAAACACUAGUUUUAAAACUAUUUUUGUAAAAUGCUAUUGCUUUUGAAUAAUCUUAGUUUUACUUGACGGAAGGGAAAAAAUUAUUCAUAAUCAUUCAGUAUUUUUUUAGCAACAAUGUAAUUUAUGUUGUAGAAUUUCAUGUUUCCUUGAAGGUGAGUUCGUCAUACAGAAGUCAAGUUUUUGUGGUUUAUGACUAAAUUUUUACUAAACAUAACUUUGAGCAUUGUAUAAAAAGUUAGAUUUUUAAAUUUUUACAAAAUUGAUUACUUAAAUUUUAAAAUGCAAAAACACGAAUAUUUGCCUUAUGUAAAACAUUUUUAUAGUGGAAAAUAUGUUUCUAUGAUCAGUAGCUGCAAAAAUAAAGGCAACAUAUGCAUUUUUAUGAACACUGUGGAUAUUUUUUUAACAUAUUUUCUUAGUGUUGUUAACUAAAUUAUUUUCUUAAUGUUAUUUUACUUUUACAUAUGAUCGCUUUAUGUAAAUUCUGUCAUAUAAAAUAUAAUGCACUGCAUUUAGUGAGUAUUAUACUUUUAUGUGAAAUUCUUCCUACUAAAGACCUUCUACUAAGCAUUGUUUAAUAGCUCUAAUGAAUGAUUUGUUUUAACAAAUUUAUUUUAAAUAUGUUCUUAAGUGACAUAAAUGUUUCCUUUUAUAGUUUUAAAUUAAAAGCAAUAAAAUAAAAUAAAGUCUAAAAACUUGUGAUGUGCAGUUAAGCUCUUAUCAAUAUGUAUACAUAAAAUAAUUAAGAAAGAUAUAAAUUGAAUAUAGUUUUGAAUUUAUGGUGUUACGAAUGCACAAAAUUAAAUGCAACUGAGUGUGAAGUGUAUAAUAGUAUAUGUAAUAAGUAGUUGACCUUACUAAAUCUUAAGGAUUUAAUUUUGAGGUUUUGUAAUGAGCUGAUGUAUAUUCUUAAAAUAAAAAUGAGCCUGUAUAAACACUGUAAAUAUUGAAACAUUUGAGAGAUAAAUAGAAAUUUAAUUCAUUUUAGAUCAUCUUUCAUUAAAGUAAGUUAGUUUCUUGUUUAUUUAAAGCAGUUAAUAUAUUUUCUAUUCCAAAAGUACUAAAAUAAAUUUAAGAAGCAUUUUAACUAAUUUGUGUAUCAUGCAAAAUUUCAAAGUAUUCACUCAAAAUUUCGUUAUAAAGAGCAAAUUCUCUACAUUUUUUUAAUCAUUUCUGCAAGUGUUAUUGAAUAAAUGUUUUCCUUAAUUCAUUCUUUUGAUAUCAAAGCAGAUUUUUAUGAAAAUAAUUUUUGCAACUUGUGGAUGCUAGUGAAUAUAGUCUAUAUUUAAUAUUAAAUUACAUAUCAGUUAUUUAUAAAUAUGUGUGAAAAAGAUAUGGAUCUUAAAAGGUGGAGUGUUGAGUUUUUGCUAUGUUCUAAAUGUAUUCAAAUUUGAAAAUCUGAUAUGUAUAUAAAAUUAUUUCUGUAUUAUUUUUAAGGAUGCAAUUAUAUAACUUUUAUGAUCUAAAGUUGUGUCUUUUAACCAUUUUCUGUUAAAAAUUUUGUCUGAAUAUUUGGAAAGUAGAUUUCUAAGUUAUAUUAUAAUUUUUUAUGCAAAUGAAGAUUUAAUGUAAAAAAAAAAAAAUGGAUAAAUUAAGAACUCAGUGUUUUUUCUUUGAAUGUACGCACUGAAUAACUAUCAAUAUAUUUUCAUAAAUAUUAUAUGUGUUAUACAAAAUAUCAGAGAGAGAUUCAAUUUUUAUAUUAUUUACAAUAAUAAAAAUUUUAACUCUACCUUUGCAAUUUAUGAGUUGCAAAGGUAGAACUUUCAUUAUUAAUGAGGCUGUGAGUAAAACAUUUUGCUUAAAAUACGUACAUUUGAUAUUGAAAAAAAAAAUAUUUUCAUAACGUGAAUCAUUUUUUUGAAUGCUGUAUCACUGGUGAACUUAUUUGUAGAUUUUUAUUUAUUCAACAGAAAAUACUCAUAGAAAUUAAAUAAGUGUUUCAUCCUUCUUAGAUGCUUUGCAAAGCAGUAAAUAGACAUGUUAUAAAUAGCAUGAUAUGUUGGUUUUAAUAUUAUAUUCAGCAAUGUUAUACAUUUGAAGCAAAUAAAUUAACAUUUCUGCUAUUAACUGUUGUGAGCAUUCAUUUGAAAUCAAAAUAAAUGAACUCUGAAUACUUAAAUUGUUCAAAACUUCUAUGGAAUAGUUAUCUACACAGUAUUUUUCACAAAGUGUGUAUUCUCAGACUCCCUGUGAAAUCUUACAAGGUUUGUCUAAUGAAGGUGUAAAUUUAGACGUCCAAAACAUUCAUUUAUAUAAUAAAUCUGUGUAUAUUUUCAUUUUACUUAUUUUGUAAAUUAACUUAGUCCUCACAUUUGUAACUGUAAAAAUUUUGAGACAUCAGAAACUAUUUUCAUUGCUGAAGUGAAAUGUGUCCUUCACUCCUGUAUGGCACUAAAUGAUUGUUAGUAAAGUGUUAUCUUAAAAUA